GUCCGGCCCUGGCGGAGGGUGAGAGCCCGGCCACAGUGGGGGUUGGAGAAGGGGCUCCACACUCAGGCCGGCGUCUCCUGCCAUCGUGACACCAGCAGUUGAAAACAGACUCACUCUGUUCUUUACCGUUUGUGAGGAGAAACCUGUCACGUCUGUUAGUUCUUUCUUUGUGGUUACACAUUUGUGUAAGGUGUAGUUCGCCAUCCUUUUGGGGGCUUGAAGCUUGCUGUAUGCCGUUGGCUGUGUAGCUUCUUACCGUGGGUGCUUCUGCCAGUCACGUGAUGCUGAGCGAUCUGUCCGUGUCUUUGCACUGGUGUGACACUUUGGAAUGCAUCCCCUUCUGUGCGUUUUCUGUAGUUGCUUAGCAGUUUCUUGAAUUUAAAGAAUUAUUGCAAGGCCUAUCUAAUUUUGGAAGGGAGUGGUGGUCCUGGCAUUGCUUGCAUUUCUGCUCAGGUGUGAUCGCCUCGUGGCACUGCAGGCACUCCAAGGCGUGGCUGCUCCCAGUGGCCUCGUCAGGACACCCCAAAGGGUCAGGAGCCUUUGGCCAGGAACCUGGGGGCAGAGACCAGUAUGCGUGUGUGUGUGAUUUCACAGCCAGAUCGCGUCUGUCCUGCUGCUGCUGCUGGACUGUGUUGUUUCUGGCUUUGGGCUCUGGUGACUGACGUCACUGCACGUGGGGCUGAGUCCUUUCGGGUCUCGUGGGUACGUAGCUCGGAGCGGAACUGCCAGCUCAUACGGGGACUCCGUUCAGGUCUUGAGGCCCUACUGUGCGUCGUGCACAGUGGCUCUCACACCCCACAGCAGGGCACGGGGCUCCUGUUCCUCCAUGUCUUUGCCAACACUUGUUUCCUGGUUUUUUUUAUUUUGACAGUAGCCAUCCUAAUGGUUGUCAGGUGGUAUCUCAUUGGGGCUCUUUAUUCUGUAGUUGAUCAGAAAAACAGCAUUUGUUCAUUAUCAUUAGAAUAUAGUUAAGAGUAAUAGCCAAGCUUUUGUGUUCUGCUUCCUAUGUAAACUUCUCUUUAUCUGUGACUUUCAGUCCUCACCACAGCCCCAGAAGAUAGUGUUGUCGGGGUAUUCAGGGAAUAGGGUGCAAAUAAAACCCUCCUCUGAACACCCUCCUGUUAAUCUGUCCCUGGGUAGAACCAGCCGAGGGCGCGGCGCUGGUGUCCAGCUGCCUGCGUCACAGACACGGCUGCUGGGAAGUGUGCCUUAGUCUGCAGCUUGGCUGGACUCGGCAGUCCCCGCCAGCCCGUCCGGGGGCAGCCCUGGUUCUGGCCCCUGGGCCUGAGUGCUGGGGAGGCCGAGCAGUCCCUCUGGGGCCAAGAGAGCGCUGGGCCCUUUGGGGGGCGAGGUUGAGAGUAACAUGGUCUUUCCCUUUACGAAGGGGAUCCAGGGGUCACAGAGCUGGUGAUGGGCACGCCCUCAAGAGUCACAGAGCUGGUGGAGGGACGUGCCCUGAGGGGGUCUUGGAGCUGGCAAAGGAGCAAGCCAUAAAGAGUGGGUUUUGCUGAUUGUGUAGACAUCUGUUGGGUCUGGGCUUCUUGAAUUCUACUGUGAUUCCAUUCUUUAAAAUGGAAAUUCUGGUCUGAUGUUGAGGCAUCGUAGUAAAAGUGUGAAUGAGUACAGAUAAACUUUUCCUUUCCAGGUGUUCCUCCUCCUGAAGUUUCCAGAGUUAACCCUGGGAAAUGACACUGCAAAGAUGGGGUUGUUUUCAGGUGGACAUGCAUGUGAAAAGCCAGUGUCACCCAAGUCCGGAACCUUGAAGAGCCCUCCCAAAGGAUUCGAUACGACCGCCAUUAACAAGAGCUACUACAACGUGGUGCUACAGAAUAUUUUGGAAACAGAAAAUGAAUAUUCUAAAGAACUUCAGACUGUGCUUUCAACCUACCUACGGCCCCUGCAGACCAGCGAGAAGUUAAGUUCAGCAAACACGUCACAUUUAAUGGGAAAUCUAGAAGAAAUAUGUUCUUUCCAGCAAAUGCUUGUACAGUCUUUAGAAGAAUGCACCAAGAUGCCGGAGGCCCAGCAGAGGGUCGGGGGCUGCUUCCUCAGCCUGAUGCCGCAGAUGAAGACCCUAUACCUGGCGUACUGUGCCAACCACCCGUCCGCGGUCAGCGUCCUCACGGAGCACAGUGAGGAGCUGGGGGAGUUCAUGGAGCUGAAGGGCGCCAGCAGCCCGGGGAUUCUCGUGCUGACCACCGGUCUCAGCAAGCCGUUCAUGCGCCUGGACAAGUACCCUGCGCUGCUCAAGGAGCUGGAGAGACACAUGGAGGAUUAUCACCCAGACAGACAAGAUAUUCAGAAAUCCAUGACCGCCUUCAAAAACCUUUCAGCCCAGUGUCAGGAGGUGCGGAAGAGGAAGGAGCUGGAGCUGCAGAUCCUGACGGAGGCCAUCCGCAGCUGGGAGGGUGACGACAUCAAGACCCUGGGCAGCGUCGUCUACAUGUCCCAGGUCCUGAUCCAGUGUGCCGGCAGCGAGGAAAAGAAUGAGAGAUAUCUUCUACUCUUCCCAAAUGUUUUGCUAAUGUUGUCUGCCAGUCCUAGGAUGAGUGGUUUCAUAUAUCAGGGAAAGCUACCAACGACAGGAAUGACGGUCACAAAGCUUGAGGACAGUGAAAAUCACAGGAACGCGUUUGAAAUAUCAGGGAGCAUGAUCGAGCGGAUCUUGGUGUCCUGCAACAACCAGCAGGACCUCCACGAGUGGGUGGACCGCCUGCAGAAGCAGACGAAGGCCGCCUCGGCAGGAAACCCCAGCAGCAAGCCUCACUCGGUGCCGUCGCACACCCUCCCUUCCCACUCCAUCACCCCGUCCAGCAAGCACGCGGACAGCAAGCCCGCGCCGCUGACGCCCGCCUACCACACGCUGCCCCACCCCUCCCACCAUGGCACUCCACACACCACCAUCAACUGGGGGCCCCUGGAGCCUCCGAAGACCCCUAAGCCCUGGAGCCUGAGCUGCCUGCGACCAGCACCCCCUCUGCGGCCCUCGGCUGCCCUCUGCUACAAGGAGGACCUGAGCAAGAGUCCCAAGACCAUGAAGAAGCUGCUGCCCAAGCGCAAGCCGGAGAGGAAGCCCUCAGACGAGGAGUUCGCUCUGAGAAAAAGCACGGCUGCGCUGGAGGAGGACGCCCAGAUCCUGAAGGUCAUCGAGGCUUACUGCACCAGCGCCAAGACGCGGCAGACGCUCAACUCAACAUGGCAAGGCACUGACCUGAUGCAUAAUCACGUCUUGGCUGACGACGACCAGUCAAGUCUAGACUCCCUGGGUCGGCGCAGCAGCCUCUCCCGUGUGGAGCCUUCAGACUUCUCGGAAGACUCUGACUAUGACAGUAUAUGGACAGCCCAUAGUUACAGGAUGGGUUCUACAUCUCGUUCACGCAAAGAAUCUGCUCCACAAGUUUUGCUUCCAGAAGAAGAGAAAAUUAUAGUUGAAGAGACUAAAAGUAAUGGUCAGACAGUGAUAGAAGAAAAGAGUCUCGUCGACACCGUGUACGCGCUAAAAGAUGAAGUCCAGGAGCUACGACAGGACAACAAGAAGAUGAAGAAGUCUCUGGAGGAGGAGCAGAGAGCUCGCAGAGACCUGGAGAAGCUGGUGAGGAAGGUUCUCAAGAACAUGAACGACCCUGCUUGGGACGAGACGAACCUCUGAGGGGUGUCCCGGUGCUCCGUCAGGCCGCUUCCAAGGCUGAGCCGGAGCCCCGCGCGGAGCAUGGCGCUGCAGCCCCGCCCCCGACGCUCAGGCUGCUGGCGGGGCCAUGCGUGCAGACUGCCGCCGGGCGGCCGUGAGCUCCAGGCCGAGCCCAGGCCGCGUCCCCCCACACCCAGUAGCUCGUCCCGCAGUGAGCGCAGUGGCGGCGUCUGGACUCGCGGGCUCCGAGUGAAUGCCUGUCAGUGUCCUGUGGACGUUCCCUGGAAACGUCACGCUCUGAACGCACACGGAGGGGCUUCCGUCUGGGCUGGCUGCUGGGCCGCAGUCCCUUUGCACUCACCUCUCUGCUCCUGCGCCCUGGGGCUCAAGCUCACUGCUCGUGGGGACGGGAGGCUGCAGACCCACAGGUGUCUCUGGGGGUGCCUGCUGUGCUGAGGCUCUCCAGAAACACCGCUCGCAGUGUCUGCCUGCGGGGCCUGUAGACCGCAGGGGCCCCGUCUACGCCCCCAGGCUCCCGGUCAAGCAGGGUCGCAGUCCGUGUGCAGCACUGGGCUGAACCCGGGGCCUCGCCUUGGCCCCGAACCCGAGAACCACGUCUGCUGCCCCCGGGCCCCGUGACAGCUGGGCGCACGCCCGCCCCUGUGAGCACGUGCAUGGCAGAGGGUGCCUGGCUGGGGCUGGCCUGGUAACUCGGCCAGGUGCACCGUCCCGUUCUCCCAGAAGGAGCAGCUCCCUGAAGCCUGUAAAUAAAGUGUGUUAUUUAUUGCACGUCGCUGCAGCCCAUGAGGACGUGCUGCCGGGCGCAGGUGGCCUCUGCGUGAGGCCGCUCUGACCCCAACACCUGCCAUCCCGUCGGGUGCGCGGGCAGGCCUUCCGUGCUUGCUGAGGAGGCAGCGUCUGCACUGUUUCUGCACGAAUCGAGCAGUAGAACACACCCAAGACUCCCCAAGAAGGGGGUGUCAAGAUGAGGGCCCCCACCCCACGCUGAGUCCAGCUGGCAGGGCCCAUAGGAGGGGGCCUGUCCUCAGGCCCGGAGCCCCGCCCAGGGUCCAGCCAGUUCACGGGACCUGCUCCUCCGCCCUGCUCUUCUGAAGAGGUCGUUUGUAAAGUGAGGUGAACUUGUAGAGGACUAGUGUCGUGUCCUUAAAAGCCCAAACCCCAGCCCCUGGAUCAGGGGUGUCUCGGAAAUGCCUGCGUGGCGUCAGACGUGACUGUGACCUGCGCUCCUCUGUCUGCAUCGGCCGGACGCCCCCGAGCUGGAGCAGCUGCUGGUCUGGGUGCCCGUGGCCCCGCCCUCAGCCUCCCCUGCUCCGGGGUGGGGAGGGGGGGUGUGGGGGGGAGGGGGCAGGGGGGAGGGUGUCUGGGGCCUUCGGCCUGGACCGUGUAACGAGAACUGCCGACUCCUUGUGUUUAGCGUUUUAUUUUCUUCGUUAGUGGCAGGGCUGGGAAGAUGGCCCAUGGAGUGUUUGGUGAGCCCCGUUUUCGCAGGAGGCCCUUUGGUGAGGCAUGAGACCUUGUAGUGGGAAAUAGCCAAUCGCGUGCUGAAGUUUGCUGUCACGCGCAAAUUCUAACUCAGGAACCGCAUCCUCGCCUGACUCUCCAGCACUCUGUGGUGGGCAGUGCUGCCCGCACCCUGACGGGGUGCCUGCAGAGCCUGCCUUAACUGCUGACUUGAGCAUCGAGGGUUGCACGUGUAUUCUCAACCCUCCUCCCGGCGGGUGGCCAUUGACACGCUUGUGUGACGCAUCCUUCCUGGGUCCCAGGGUUUUUCCUGAGCUUUCGAGGGAGCAGAGACGAUGCAUCUGAGUGGUUCUUCCUACAGACCUGCGCUGUUGUCAGUGGAGGGGAUGUCAGGAAGGGGCUGUCUGCCUGUUGGAGUCGCCUCUGCCUCACUUUCCACGGUGGAGGAGACGGAGCCACGUCCUCGCCCGGGCGGAAGGGGACGCACCGGAGCCGUCGAGGAGGCGUGCUCUGCAGCAGGUUGAGCCGUCGUCGAGAACUCCCCACGGGCCCCCGGUGCCUGCGCCCGUGUUUCCGUAGGACGUGCAGGGGCCCCUUUCACAGCUGUGCUGGUGCUCCGUGGACGCCCCCCUGGUGUCCUGGUCUUGACUACUCACGCUCUGUUGUAAUUACCAUUAAACUGACUAUUUUUCUUAUGUUACAAACA